AUGUUUAAGGGAGAGGACAUGGGGAGAGAGACGGAGAGGUGGGUUGAGGCAAAGAACGCGAGGAUGUUUAAGGGAGAGGACAUGGGGAGAGAGACGGAGAGGUGGGUUGAGGCAAAGAACGCGAGGAUGUUUAAGGGAGAGGACAUGGGGAGAGAGACGGAGAGGUGGGUUGAGGCAAAGAACGCGAGGAUGUUUAAGGGAGAGGACAUGGGGAGAGAGACGGAGAGGUGGGUUGAGGCAAAGAACGCGAGGAUGUUUAAGGGAGAGGACAUGGGGAGAGAGACGGAGAGGUGGGUUGAGGCAAAGAACGCGAGGAUGUUUAAGGGAGAGGACAUGGGGAGAGAGACGGAGAGGUGGGUUGAGGCAAAGAACGCGAGGAUGUUUAAGGGAGAGGACAUGGGGAGAGAGACGGAGAGGUGGGUUGAGGCAAAGAACGCGAGGAUGUUUAAGGGAGAGGACACGGGGAGAGAGACGGAGAGGUGGGUUGAGGCAAAGAACGCGAGGAUGUUUAAGGGAGAGGACAUGGGGAGAGAGACGGAGAGGUGGGUUGAGGCAAAGAACGCGAGGAUGUUUAAGGGAGAGGACAUGGGGAGAGAGAGGGAGAGGUGGGUUGAGGCAAAGAACGCGAGGAUGUUUAAGGGAGAGGACAUGAGGAGAGAGACGGAGAGGUGGGUUGAGGCAAAGAACGCGAGGAUGUUUAAGGGAGAGGACAUGGGGAGAGAGACGGAGAGGUGGGUUGAGGCAAAGAACGCGAGGAUGUUUAAGGGAGAGGACAUGGGGAGAGAGACGGAGAGGAACUCCAAAAUGAGGGCUUGGCCAAGGUACUCUGGGGCAGGUAGCACCACACCAUCUCGAAGAAAAUCCUAG